GCAAAAACAUAGUAAAGAAAUCGUUUCCACAAAAAAGCAAAUUUAAUUAUUAAACGAAAGUGGAAACAGCAUGGCAACAAAUAGACCUGGACCAAGGUAUCAACCAACGUAUUGUCUCGAACCGAAAGUGCCGUUCGACAAAUUUGAAUGUGAACGAUUGAUGGCAACGGUUAUCAAUGAAGCAAUGCUUGGAUUCCAGUUUGAAGCCGAAGAAGCGGAAACGAUGUCGGAGAAAUUGAGCAAGGAAAUUUUGCAAAAAGUGAAAAACUUGACCUACGAUCGAUACAAGUUCGUUUGUGUUGUAACAUUGGGCGAGAAGUACAUGCAGGGUUAUUGUGAUAUAUUUAAAUGUCUAUGGGAUAUGAGCAAAGAUUCGUUUGCAAUUUAUUUAUACGACACUGCAACAUUAUUCGUAAGUGCUGUUCUGUUUGCUGUUUAUUUCGAUUGAAACGAUUUUCGUUGUACAAUUGUGUAGUGAUUACUCCGAUAUCUUCUACUUAGUAAAUGAAAUAUAAAAGUGUUAAG